UAAUUUGUGUAACUAAGGCGUUUGUAUUGUGAUUAUACUUCAAUUCAGUACAGUAUUGGAUUUAGAACAAAUAUUAGUACAAGUUUGUAACAAGCAGAGUGAGGAUGGCAAAUAUAAAGCCCCUAAGUGAAGAGUUGCAAAAAAUUGCGUGUGAAGAAUUAAAUGAAGUUCCUUCGAGAAUACCCGAGGAUUUGGCAGCUCUAAGACAAUGGCUUCAGUUACAACCGCAUCUCAAGGUGCGAGACGAUGAUCAAUUUCUGGUGCAAUUUUUAAGAGGAUGUAAAUAUAGCCUGGAAAAAGCCAAAGAAAAAAUCGAUUUAUUUUAUUCUCUGAAAUCGAGAUAUCCUGAAAUGUUCAAUACAACUGAUGUCAAAGAAGAAGAGUUUAGAAAAUUCCAUCGAUUGGGAUGCUUUCAGAUUCUUCCUAAGCCUUUACAUGAAACUGGUCCUAGAAUUGCUUUUGUACGAUACAAUUACUCCACCAAAGACUAUAACAUUGAAGAUCUCACAAAACUUAUUGUGGCUAUGGUUGAGUUAUCAAUAAUUCACGAUCCCUAUAUUUGCAUCAAUGGCAUGGUCUACAUAGUCGACAUUGGAUCAGCCUCGCCAAGUCAUUUUCUACAAAUUACACCGAAUUACUGUAAAAAAUCCGUAUCUUUUAUUGAAAAAUCUAUGCCGUUGCGUAUAAAAUCUCUUUACUUCAUCAAUAAUUCAACGGCAGCUCAGCAAGCAUUCAGAAUUCUCAUACCUUUAUUUUCAGAAAAAUUGCAAAAGAGGAUUCAUUUCAUUGGACAUAAUCUGGAAGAGCUAUACAGCGAAAUACCCAUUAAGUAUUUGCCAAAAGAAUAUGGCGGAGAAUUGCCGUCGCUAGAAAGUAUUACCGCCGAAUAUGAGAAAACAUGGGACGAAAAUCACACAUUUUUCCAGGAAAAUGCUCAAUAUGGUACUGAUGAAACUUUACGCCGUGGAAAACCUUUGGACAUUGAUGGUUUAUUCGGUGUAGGUGGCUCAUUUCGUAAAAUAAAUGUUGAUUAAAUACAAACGAGUUAAAUAAAAUAUUCUCCAAGGACAGAA